AGGAAGAAUCCACGCUGAUAGCCUAUCAAUAUAGAAAAUACAGCUUAAAGCUCCUCAUGUCAAGCUACAGUACCCCUAGCACCAAUGAUGAUACGUCAGAUCUUAUCUCAGACUGGACAGACAUUGUGCAAAAUGUUUCACAGUACAAUCCAACAUUAUCCAAUUUAGUGUCGUGGAACUCUUCAGACGAAGUAUUCAAACUUCCAAAAAGUAGAAAAGAUGGUCGUCGAACUUUGAGUCCAUCCUUAAAGAGUACAAAUACAGAAUCCUCCAGACGUAAUACAUCCUUUGGAAAUCACCAUAGCUAUUUUUCCUCUGAGUCAGACCCACUGAAUUCGUCAGAGCCCUACUCACCAUCCAAGUUUCAUUUCAGUGAACAGUUGAUCUCAUCUUACGCCAGUUCUUAUGCCAGCUCUUCCGGUUCCCUCAGUCCACCACCGCGAAAAAGAGCUCACCUCUCAAAUCACACCGAAUCCAGCAUCUCUGGAGAAAAUGACAGUGAUUUUGAAAUAUCUGGAAUAAGGAGAUUUAAUCAAACGAUGGGUCUGGGAAUGGACUAUUUUCAUCCACGAGCGACUUCCACUCCUUUUGUUUCUCCCCCAGAUCCAAAAGUUGUACAAAGGUGGAAUACAUCCAGGAUAGCUACGUAUCCUAGGAAACCACCCUACUUCCGGUCUGAAGACGAAGAGGCUGUGUACUAUCUUGUUUCCAAAUAUCUAAUGACGGACACAUCUUCACAAGGAGAAAAAUCUCCAUAGUUGUAUAAUUAUAAAUAUGGAUUUUUUUUCUUUCAAAACUAACAUUUUGCUCAAUUCACGUCACUUUUUUAAGACAUAAAUGUUUAUUCUAAAAGCAAAUUGUGCCACUUUGAUGCAAACUAAAAAAGGAUACUUGAG